AUGCUCGGUAAUAUUCUGAGCAACAGAUGCAACGAAGCUGAUCUUACUUUUCUGGAGUUGUACGAAAGAACCUCUAUAGAACUCUGCGUCGUUGUGACUAACGUCAAUGCAAUGCGUGCUGAAUAUUGGCACAGAAAAACUACUCCAGAUAUGAGUAUACGCGAGGCUGUUUACAUGUCGUUGUCAAUUCCUGUUACAGAAGCUACUUUCUUUACUCUUCAAUAUUUACAGAUCAUUGAAGAAUGUUUCGACUAUGAAAAGCCCUUCGAACAGUCGUUAGCUGAAACGAUUGCUGUUAAGAAUUGUCCUUUGAGCAGUAAAGAGCAGAUUCUGUUGUUCUCUAAACACUUGACAAAAGUUGAAGAUUGUAUAGCAGUCUUUAAAGAAAUUGCCCAUGGUCAACAUCUCACUCCGGCAAUGCUCAUGGUUCAUGUUCAGAGGAUUGCCUUGAGUAUCCUGCAUGAUUAUAGUUCUUUGAUUGGUGAAGAAGUGAAUGAUAUGUGUUCUUUUCUUGGAAAUGUAGUGCAGACUAUGAACAUCAAUACAAACACAAUCAAUGAAAAUGACCAGAAACGGACAGUAGGCAUUUUCUAUGGUCAUGUUAACAACAACACUUUAUUGGAACAUGAUGAUCAGACCUUUCUCUAUAAGAUCUAUACUUGUAAAUUUUACAAACUAGUGAAUGUUUAUUUACAGCAAGGAUGGAAUGCAACUGUUGCUUACCUGAGCCAAAGAGAGAACCUGGAUGAACUUGCUACCCAGAUAAACUCAAAUUGA